AUGCCGAAGGUACCCAAGUUACCGGCAUGCGAUCCUUGUAGAUCGUCUAAACUGGCUUGCGAUCACGCACGGCCGGUGUGUUCUCGGUGUCGUGGCAGAAACCAAGCAGCCGGUUGUACCUAUCGAUUGAGGCCGUUCAAGAAGGACAAGAGGAAGUCGGCUGUAAUCACUCCACCGCGAGAGUCAAGCCAGCAGCGUACUCUCGUUGGUGGUCCCUCGAGUGGCCCGUCCCGGGCAGAGACACCAGUCACACCAGUCACCGGGUUCCUGACCAAGCCACACAACUACCCUAAUCCAGGGUACUUGGGUUCUUUCAGCCAUACUACCCUUUUCAAUCAUCUCCCAGUUGGAGAUGAGGGCAUCAACGAGACUACUCCCGACGUCGGACAAGCUUGGGGUUCUCUGUCGGAGAAAAUUGUAAACGAGGCGCACGUGUCUCAGGGCGUCGAGCUAAUCGAGCAACUCCAUCGGUUUGUUCAGAUCCCAGCCUGUGUCAGACUAGUCAGGGGGUGGCUUGCUACCGGAGCGAAUCUUCCCAUAUCGGGAUUGUUCACAGAGAACUGCAUCAUCACGGCAGAGUACAUUCUCGAAGGCCUCUGCGGAAGCUCAAUAAAUGCCAUGGAAAUCGCAAGAAACCUCUUCAUACAGUCAUGCCGUCCACUCGCAAUGGAUGCCACUACUUCCUUCGACGAUUUCUGCGCGCAGUUUUGUCAGCAGAAUGCAAGAUGGGAAACCCUCGGGCUCUUUUUCACCACUGUUUCCCGAGCCACUUUCAGGUUCAGUAGCCCCGAGACCCCUUACAACUCUGAACAGCAGCGACGGAACCUGCGAAAGCUUGCCAUGCAUUAUUCAGAUCGUUGUCUGGAAUUCUCUCUCUCGCUUGACUGCCUGAACGACUUGCAGCUCAUUCUACAAUACGAAAAUUUUAUUCUCCAUUCGCUUGUUGAUGGCGAUCAGAGCUAUCAAUCAUGGAGAAAGCUCGGCGACGUCGCCAGCUCCUUGUUCGCUCUUGGAUAUCACCAAGAUACCAGAAGCAGUGCUCCAGCCCCCGCUUUCCUCAAAGACCUCAGGCAAGCUAUAUUUGCCCGGGCCUAUUCCGCAGACAAGAAUAUCUCCAUCUUUCUCGGUCGCCCAUCGCGAAUCCACCGACAACACUGUCUUUUUCGUCUGCCGGGGCAGGAUUCGGAAACCUCAAUAAGUAGUCCAUACUUCUCGCCAGAAUGGCCCGAAUGGGGACAACAAGAGCACUUUGAUUACAAGGCCGAUACACGCUGGUAUGCCUUGUGUGCGGCCCUCAAAGAGGACGUACUGCAGCUCUUCGGAGAAGAAUGCUACGAAGAGAGAAUGAGAAGAGCAAGCGUAAUUCAAGCCAAGGCUGAAUCACGAUGGUUAGCCUUCCCUCAGCGCUUCCGCCUCGAAGGCACGAUACGGAACUACGAUAGACAGCCCAUAGAGCUAGACCUGAUGGUUAGCGCCCGUCUUAAUCACCUCCAUGUGUUGUUUAUGCUUCGUAUGGCACUCGUGCGUCGCAUUUCAGAACCCGACGCGCAGCUAGUGGGUAUCUCGGCAGAUAUGCUAGGGGUAGUAGUUGAGGCGAUGAUGAUAAAAGACCGUCUGAUAGAUUCCGGCACAUCCCUCAUCUGGAAGGAAACUUCUGGUGUCAUAUGCCUUUCAUUACUAUAUGGCCCACAGGCAAUCUUAAGUCAGGGAAUAGCUUUGUCCAGUGUGUUCCAAAACCUAAGCGUUCUGGUUACUGAGGUUGAAGUCGGAACACUGGUCUGCAAGGAGGAUGCCAAUUAUGCACUCCUCGCAGGCGCAACACGAACCAUAAAAAGCCUCCUCGACCGGUUUUUGUGUGGCAGAAUGGGGGCACAACUAUUGAGCCAGCCGUCUGGGAAUUCCCUUCCAUGCCUUCCGACUCUUCCCAACGACGGAAACUGGAACCCCUGGGAUAACAGCAACGUUCAAGACUUUGAAGUGGAUUUCUGGCUCACCCUCGCCGAGCACCCUUUCCUAGUCGGAGAUGAGGUAGCAGCGCAAGGCUUCUCAGGCCAAUGA